GGCUGUUCUGUUGUUGGAAGCUGGUCUAGAUAGCCCUAGAAAGCGAUGAGGUUUUCUUGGUACUAUCACUUACACGAGGAUUGAGGAAUAAUUCGCAAAUCUGGUACAAACAAUCCACAAGUCAAGCUUUUGAACACCAGAUGGUACAAUGGAAUGUGCUACAAUAAGUGAGAUAGUGCAAGACAACAAUGGUGUUAAAAUAAAGGAAGAAACACGUGAAGUAUUUGAUGACAUUACGGAUCCCCUCCAAGAAGAUAGGUUAUGUCAACCAGAGGCGGUCUACGUUGAUGAACCAGUAUUAAUGAGAGUGGAUGUUGAAGAGGAAGAGGGAUUCAAGGGUUUUGAGAGUGAUGACUCUGAUUCUCUAGAUUUUACAGAGCCGACAUCUUCCAGGUCAUACAAGGGUUACCACCUUUGGUUAGAGAAAAAUCGUGACAAACUCCUUCUCCCCAGGAUAAAUAGAGACAAAAAGGUCCAUACUCAGAACUGUCCUGACAAAACGGAGAAGAAACGGAACGUUCAAACGGGAAGGUUUGAGCUUGGUUCAUUCACUAAGAAGAAUGACACAACAUAUCAUUCAAAAAAGCAGCCAGUUUUACGUCAACAAGAAGAAAAAGAACUUCUAAUGUAUGUCCUCGAAAAAGCAAAAAAAGGAGAGGACGUUAAACGCACAGAAGUUAUUGACAUAGUUUCAAACUUUAUAAAAUCCGAUAACCGCAAAAACCCUUUUAGGAAUGGAGAACCUGGGGACAAAUGGUUUACUUUUUUCCGAAGAAGACAUAACCAAUAUUUCUUGAAGCUUAAACCAAAACCAUUGAGCAUUUUAGAAAGAAUUGGCUUCACUAUGAAAGUACUGAACACAAUAUUUUACAAUAACUCAGUAGUCAGGACACAUAAUCCCAAAAGACACAAUAAGAAACCUGAGGCAAAUACAAGAAAAAAGAAAUCAGAAAAAACUAAAACUAAACCCAGAAGAAACGGUGAAAGUGGAUUGGAAAAUGAGGACAAAACAAAUUUUAAAAUAUCGGAAGUGAAUUGCUCAAAUACGCUCGAUCAAGAAUCUCAAGUCAUGGACACCAAUGAGAAAUGGUUAAGGUUGCGGAAGCCGGAGACAGUUUUCGUAGACUCGUCGAAACAUGUUACAUGUGGUAAGAUCAAGGAAGAAUCUUCCGAUCCUUUUGCUGAACCUUCCGUCAGAGAGCCUGAGAGGAAGCGUUUAAAAAGGUACAAGAGGGGGGUUGAUGGCAAAAAGUAUGUUUGUCGAGGCCAUGACGAGGAUCCGGAAAGAUGGAAUGCAACUGUUCCCAAUGGAGUGAAGCCUUUCCGGAUAAAGGAUGAGAAAGGCCUCUAUCGUGAGUCGAUCAUCAUUCCGGAUAAGAAGCUUCCUCCAGGCUGGUCCAAACACACGAUAAAGCGAAAGUCAGAUAAAAAGUGGGACGUCUUAUUGGUCAACAAAGAAGGCCGAAAAUUCCGAUGCUUCACCGAGCUGUACCAUUACUUUGCAGAUUUGAAGAUUCCGUUCCCUGAAGACACCUUUGACUUUAUGGUCGGUCAGAAGACAUUGAUGAUUCGUUCUCAGAUGGAUGGCGUUAUUAAACCAAGUGAUGAGGAAAGCCUGGCCCUAGAGUACACAUCAGGUAGGCAAACAGGACAGACGGUUCCACAUAACCUAAGGCGGAGAAAGAAGACCGGGCAGAAUUUACCUGGUCGGACUGAUCGAAAAAGGAAACUGGUAACAAUGAUUGGACUUAAUCUUCAAGGUCAGAAUGACGUUCGGAAAAGAUUCAAAAGAAAGGUUGGGCAGGUGCAGCCUCAAAGAAACAAAAUGAUAAAAACUUUUGAGGAGAAUAAGACUAAUGUUGAAAAUAAAGUGAGUUUUAAAGUGAUAUCCAAGGACGAGAAGGAAGCUAAAUGUUCAAAACGUCCUGUUAGAAAACGGAAAUUGAUAAAAAAGGUUGAGCCGAAAGUGCAAAAUCAAACAAAAAUAAGCCAACUCAGAAUCAGAAAGGUUCAGUUGGAUUUUUCAGGGCAGGCUAGAGACCAGACGAGUGAGGAUGAGGAUGAGGAGGUUGGAAAAAUAACGAGCAUAACUGUUGAUCAGCCAUUUGAAAAAUCCCCUUUAGUACCUGGAUCUUCUGAUGCUGUCAACACCUGCUGUGGAAAAGUGUUCAGAAAAGAAUACCUGUAUCAAAUGCACAUGAAGCACUAUCACCCGGAGAUGGGGGGUAUGGCUUUAAUGCUUAAUGUUACGGACCUCGCUCGCUGGCAGACACUGAAGACAACACCUCGAAACUCAUCCCAUAGAAGUCCAAGAGACAAAGGUCAAAGUCGAAAGAAAACGUUAGAUCCAUUGGAAGGUACAACCCAAAGGAGAAAGUGUACAUGUGGAGAAAAAAAAUCCAUAGCUGUAAAAAAAGAAGAUGAUGAGAAAUUGUCUUUCAAUGAAUGGCACAACUCAGCGACAUCUGAUUCUGAUACAUUGUCCGCAGAUGAAAGCAAGAAACACAUGAUGCUGUAUUACGCAGAAAUGGACCAUCCGUACACAAAACCAGGACUACAACCUUCUUGGAUGCUAUGGGACGAGACCACAAUGUCAUGUGACGUCCAUAAGGUCAACAUGGUGACUGAUCAAAGUUGCAGAUCAGAAACUAUAAAUACCAAAGAAAUGCCUUACGAAUUGCAAUCAAUAGUAGUUAAAGAAGAACCAAUAAUCAUCAAGAAAGAAGUGGAGUAUUAAUGACAGUUUUACUCACAAAAAUCAAGAUCGGAAGUUACACGGAAAAAUAAACUUAAUGAACUACUGGAGUGGGAAAGAUCCAAGAGGAAUAACAUUUUCAGGCAUUAAAAUAAUUUGAAUAAACUAACAAAUUGUAAAGGUAAAAAGGAGUCCUAUAUGUGUCAGGUGUUGAUAAUUGAAGUGUAUUUAGGGAUCAGAUGGUCGUUUUCAAAAGACACUCUUUUGUCAUAAAGAAAUCAUACAUCUUAAAAACACAAAUUUGUGCCCCAGGAAAGUGAUAAAUUCCAAUGUCUUUGGAAGAAGAGAAAAAAUAAUCAUUGAUUAUGGUUUGAGUAAGAACUUGAGUGAAAAUGAAGAUAUAAAAAUCAUGUAUUUGUGAUAAGAAUUGCUGCCCUUUUGUGAUUUGAUGAGAGAUGUAUUCACCAUUGAAAUAACCGAAUGACUUUCUAAAAUUCUUAUAUUCUUUUCAUGCACAAUCAUUAAAUCUUCCAUCACGUCCUGUAAUUUUAGAGUUUAUUUUUUAUUUUUGUUGCCUUGCUAUUAUAAAAAUUUUAUUUUUUAGUUAUUGUUUU